GGACUGUACACAUAAACAUCUUGACCGUUCCAGUCAGAGACCCGUCUGCGAAGCUUUAAACGUUGACGACUAAUCAGCCGGCAUGGUGCUUAGAUAUGCUAUCGAGCACAUGGAGGAGGACGAGGAGACAUCCAAAGCCAUACCAAAGUGGGUAGAAUUGGAAUACAUGCAUAUGCGAUCACUGGCAGGGCCCGACGCGCAUGUGCAUUUUACGCACUUGUCCCGAUCUUCUUGUCAAACACUCACUGCCCUGUUUUCUGUGCAUGCCGGCGAUGAACGGGAAGCGGCUGGGGCCACUGCGCACUCAGAACCUAUUCUGGACCUGAUGCGACGCCUUUCCAUACCAACGGAAAGAGUGUGCCUACUGGACCCGAAAGCAGAGAAAGAAAUCUCUCCCGAAGACGGAGACGGUCGGUUCGAGUGCUUUCUUUUCGGCGUACGUACGAUUGACCGACAACCUGUCUGUGCCUCUGGGUAUUGUGAACCGCGCUCAUGUGCUGUAUACAGGGGAUACUCGGUAAGCACGCAGAAGGCAGCGGUGGAACAGCAAUUCAAUGCUCUGCCGAUAGGUGACGAUCCGCCGCGCGAUCGAACGUCUGAACUUCGAGUCUUGGGCUUUCCUACGCGACGCCUUGGACCUAUUCAAAUGACGACUGAUACGGCUCUCGGAGUCACAAAACUAGUCGUGCAGGAUAAAAUUCCGCUGUCUGCAAUCCCUUACAUCGACCACCCAACCAUUACAUUUAACCCGAAAGAAAGUGUCGAAAUGCCGUUCAGGUACAUCGCCCAAAACAGCGAGCCAAGACUCCCGCCAGGGAUGCGCGAGCAUCUCCACGAAGAUCUUAACAAAAGCUUCGAUUUCUGAGCGCACGGGGUGCUACACGAGAAGCUGUACGAGAAGCACAGCGAAAGGAUGCAUGAGAGCACAUAGAUGAUGUAUAAGUACUGUACAGUGUAUGCAGAGCGAAUGAGCGCGUGCGGGUCCAUGGUAUGUAUGAGACAACUAAA